UUUUUUUCCUCUGAAUGAAUGAAUCGACUGCUUCAGUUAAACAGGCUAUAAUCCAAAGAUAGGCAACAUAUGCGUCUCUGAUUGGUUCAUAAUUAAGAAAAAAUUUGUGAUGCGCUUGCAAGGCGCAUGCAAAAGUAAAAAAGACUUGGAGAGGCAUCAGUGAUGUUUCCCCUCUGCGUUUGAUGUCGCUCCAACAACCACUGGGUUGCUGUGUCUGCCGACACGAGCAGCUUUGAACUGAGUGGAAAGUUGCUUCUUUUCCUCUGGUGCUGAUACAAACAAGCGAUCCUCGGUGUGAGAUCAGGCGAUUUGCAUGAGAAAUUUCAAGGCAGUCUUACGCUUCUGAAACGGCGGGAGUCCUCAUUCUUGCCUUUCACCGUGUGUGUGAAUGAGAGGGAGAGGCGCUCAGAGCCAAGAUGCUGUUAUAGAGUGGAGAUGAAGCGUUUCUUUGUUUCUCUGUCAGGCUGCUGGCACAUUCGGUGCCGCUUCUGUGCCAGGAUGACAUUGUGAGCGCUCUGUCAAGUGGAUGUUUGCGCUGAAAUUUUAGAACAAUGGAUGUUGAAGGCAAACAUAAAUAAAUAGCAGCUGAGGCCGAUAUUCAGUCGGCUGUCCUGAAAGUGCACCAUCUUAUGUUGUGAUUUUGAACAUCUUCACUUAACUUAUGAGGUUUAAUUUGAUCAUUCUUGUCAGUGAUCCGUAACGGCAUUGACUGAGGAGUACAGAGGAGCACUGAGGUUGCUUGAUAGUGAUUUUUUCCUUUAUUUCUUUCAGCUCAUCCUUCAGUGGAAAGCAGCUGACUGCUCUUUUUUGAUUUUGUGAACUCGCACCUUCUCUAAUUGAAUUUCUUUCCUCAAAGUCGUUCUCUCUGUUUUAUCUGAUCAGCAGGUUAGUCACUGGAGUCUUCUCUCUUUCUCUAUCUGACGUCACAUUUUACACUCCGAGCUUUCACACACCCAACCCCACUGAAUAACGGGAGCAGCUUCAGCUGCGUUGAUUGGCUGCAUCUUCCCUUUGUGUGGCUAUAAAAUGUGAUGGUGCAACACGGGUGGAGCCUGGUGGUCUGUGGUGUCCAGAUGGUGGUGUUGCCAGCAAACCCAGAGGAAUCGUGGCAGGUGUACAGUUCAGCCCAGGAUAGCGAGGGAAGGUGUGUCUGCACUGUGGUGGCGCCCCAGCAGUCCAUGUGUUCACGGGAUGCCCGCACCAAACAACUGAGGCAGCUGUUAGAGAAGGUCCAGAACAUGACCCAGUCCAUCCAGGUGCUGGACCAGCGAACCCAGAGGGACCUGCAGUACGUGGAGAAGAUGGAGGUCCAGCUCCGUGGCCUGGAGACCAAGUUCAGGCAGGUGGAGGAGAGCCACAAGCAGAACAUCGCCAAGCAAUACAAGGCCAUAAAAGCGAAAAUGGAGGAGCUUAGACCGUUGAUACCAGUGUUGGAGGAGUACAAGGCCGAUGCCAAAUUGGUAUUGCAGUUUAAGGAGGAGGUCCAGAAUCUGACGUCAGUUCUAAGCGAACUUCAGGAGGAGAUGGGGGCCUAUGACUACGAGGAGCUCCACAACAGAGUGUCAAAUCUUGAGGAGAGACUCCGAGCAUGCAUGCAAAAAUUAGCAUGCGGCAAACUGACGGGCAUCAGCGAUCCCAUCACCAUCAAGACGUCCGGAUCCAGGUUCGGCUCCUGGAUGACGGACCCUCUGGCACCUGAAGGAGACACACGAGUCUGGUACAUGGAUGGCUACCAUAACAACCGCUUCGUGCGAGAGUACAAGUCGAUGCAGGACUUCAUGACGUCUGACAACUUCACGUCCCACCGACUGCCUCACCCAUGGUCAGGAACAGGUCAGGUGGUCUACAACGGCUCCAUCUACUUCAACAAGUUCCAGAGCCACGUCAUCAUCAAGUUCGACUUCCGCACAUCCUCCAUCAGCAAGUCCCGGCAGCUGGACUACGCUGGCUUCAAUAAUGCGUAUCACUACGCCUGGGGCGGCCAUUCUGACAUUGACCUGAUGGUGGACGAAGGAGGGCUGUGGGCUGUCUAUGCCACCAACCAGAACGCCGGCAAUAUUGUUAUCAGCAAGCUGAACCCCAACACGCUACAGAUCAUCAAGAGCUGGACCACCAACCACCCCAAAAGGAGUGCCGGCGAGUCUUUUAUGAUCUGCGGCACGCUCUAUGUCACUAACGGCUACUCAGGAGGCACCAAGGUCUACUACGCCUACUCCACCAACUCCUCUACUUACGAGUACAUCGACAUUGCCUUCCAGAAUAAGUACUCUCAUAUCUCUAUGCUGGACUACAAUCCACGUGACCGCGCCCUCUAUGCCUGGAAUAACGGCCACCAGGUCCUCUACAAUGUCACACUGUUCCAUGUUAUCCGCUCGGAAGAACUGUAACCACAGAAAAUGGAUUACUCGCAUAAAUACGUAUUGUCUGUGUAGAGAUCUCCCUAUAUACAAAAAUAUAUCUGCGAAAGAAAAAGACUCUAUGGCAAGAUCAUUCUAUUUAUAAUAAGUUUUACUGAGAGACUGCAUCAACAGUGAAUGCAAAAUGGAUUGAAUGUGCAUAUACACAAGACUGAAAAAAUACUAAAAUUAAAGGGUUUCAUUCCAAAAUGUGAUAUUUGUUAUAGGAAAAAAAGGUCUAUCAGUUACUAUCACAAAAUCGCAGUGGACUGUCAUAAAAAAAACCCAAACUAUUUUGUAAAUAAAGGUCUUAAUAUGACUUCUAACUUUAAUAGUUACCCAUAGUAGACUUUAUUUUAAUAGCUGCCAUCUUUUUGUUAGAGGUAUUUUAUUUUGGAUUGAAACUCUUUAAUUGUUUGCCGCGUAGAAGAUGAUUGUAAAAGUAGACUAAUGUGUACAAUUUACAUGAAUAAGAACAGAUGCCAAAAAAAGAAAACAUCACGCCUUUUUUUUAUGUAAUGGAAUAUCAACCUAAGCUCAUUCUUGUGGCUCCGGUUCUUCUGCAGAAAUCCUCCCAGCCGAACUUUUCUUUUGGUCAGUGGGGGUCCUGAAACGAAGACUGUUGGUAAUAAACUGUUGGACCCCCAGGUCCAAUGGACAGACAGAAAAGUGGGAGGGUCAGUCUUGUCAGAAGACUUGAUAGCCUAAUGGGUGCAGUCUGUCAUAUCGUUUUUAUCAAGUACAGUAGCAAAUCAAAAGUCUGUAGAGAAACUGCAAACAACAAUAAAAACAUCCACUAAAA